GUACUUACUGUCAAAUUUAAUUUCGCAACAUGGCGAUCGUGUAAUGUUUGCGUUUUGCCUUUUGUGUUUGUAAAGCGUUGCCACAGUUACUAGUCCUGUGAAGUAUAUAAUGUGUAAAUAAGGUGAAGUCAACCGUGUUUUAGCGAUGACUACCUUAAUAGAUAAAAUUGAACAAUUAAUCAAAAGGGAAAAGACAACUCCCGAUAGGAAAAAAGAUGAUUCCAAAAAGUCGUCAAGUGAGAUUCUUUCUGAACUUUUUAGUGCUUUUAACGCGGAUCCUCCUAAAAUAGAGGAAGUCCCUUCAAAGAAAUCUAAAAAAAGCAAGAAGAAGCAUAAAAAAGAGAAAAAGAAACGCAGUCGAAGCGUUAGCAGUGUCAGUUCUGACGACAGUGAGUACUCCCACAAACGAAAGAAAAGAAAAAAGAGCAAGUCUCAAAAGCGUGCACGAGAGAGCCGGUCACCUUCGUACCCUUACCCGCUGACACCAGUUAGAGUAAAACCUGAAAACGACAUUGUAAAGCAUGAAAAAGUUAAACAUGAAAAGGAAAUAAAAAAAGAGGAUGUUAAAACCAAAGAGGUUAAGGUCGAAAAGGACGUAAAAGAUACGGUAUCUGUAAAAUUAGAGGAAGGUGAGUUAUCCCUAUCACCUCCACAUCCCAUUCCCUUGCCUCCAGAAUGUAAUAAGACGAUAGACUUGAGACAAAAAUUAGAUAGUAAGAAAGCUGAACUGAAUAAUGGGGACAGUGAUAAAUCUAAGGGUAAAAUUCAAAUAAAGAAUCUAAAAUUCAGUACUGUGUAUGAAGAGACUGUUAAGAAGGCUGAAGAAGAGGCUAGAAAGAGAGCGGAGAAGUAUGAGGAAGGGGAAUAUACAGAUUCAUCAAGUAGUACUGAGAAAGAAGUUGUUUGCAACUCUCAAUUCCCUAAAACCUCAGAUCCUGGGGGUAUACUCAAGAAGCAAGCUGAAGAAGAAUUGAAACAUGACAUCUGUGAAGAAGCUAAGCUUGCUGCGAAGAAGAGUAAAAAGUCUGAAAGUUCAUCGAAAACAACAUCUCGGAAAGAAAAGAGCAAAUCUCCUAAGAGGUCUGGAAGUAAAUCCAGGCGUUCAUCAUCAACAUCAAGAAAGCACCAUCAUAGAUCCAGCUCCAAGACUCGACACAGCAGUCGAUCGCGUCACAGAUCUACUUCAAGGUCUCGUAGGAGGUCAAGGUCGCGCUCCAGACGAAGGUCGAGGUCAAGGUCACGGCAUAGGACAAGGCGACUCUCGCCUAGGCAUAGUGGAAGGAGGAGAUCUAGGUCUCCAACGGGAGUGAAACUUGCGGAUAGUGAAAAGAAGCGAUUACUAGAAGUGGCUAGAAGGAAUGCUAUCAAUAUGCUCAAGAAUGGCGCGGUGCCUGCCGGGGCAGCCGCGUUGCCGCCUCAUACGAGGAACCAAGUGAUGGCCGCUAUACAGUCUGGAGGUAAAUCAGUAGACGAAUUGACGGACUUCUGCAAGCAUUUGUCAAAGAAGGAAGCUCUUGGAGAACUGUCUUCUGUCUCAUCCAACGACGAUGAUAUGAGCGAGAACGAAGACACGCUCGCUUUCCAUCAUCCCUUCCUUGUUAAAGAGAAGGCUCCUAUUGUUAUGAAUAUUAGGGGAGGCGCUCCACUACCCAUAAAGACGAAUCCUCUACCGAUAGCCAAUAAGGAGGAGUUAAGGCUACAGUUCCCAGUGUCUUCAGGGUCGCAACAUAGAGAGAAGGCUUCAGAAUGGGUGCCCGUUUCACCGCCUAAGAAGGACAUGCAAGUGGCAAAACUGAAUUCAAGCAGUAGUAGUUCUUCGAAAUCAAAAUCAAGUACUACCGCAGCGUCAAACACAUGCACUGAAAUUGCCAAAAUAUCGGAAAGGUCUUUAAGUCCACCCCCUUAUAUGAAAAGCUUCACGUCGGGAAGUCAGCUGAACUCGGUGCCGACAAUACCCGCGUUACCGGCGCCCGGCCCGCAGGCAUACCCGCCCGGGGUCGAUGCGCAGAAGAUGGUGCGGAUUCAAGACGUCGCGUCGCUGGUAUCACAGAAGCUGUCUAUUAUUCGCAAGGAGCAGGAGGAGAGUGAGCUCUUUACUACACAUGGUUUUGGUUGGUCUGCGGGUGAAUCAUCACUGGGUCAGUUCACCGGCUCCACUGGUGCACAGAUACUGACGCCGAGGGAACUCGCUAGCGGUACACAAGCUUGGGCCAAAAAGGACCAACUAGUUCGAGCCGCGCCCGUGGAAGGGGGCAUGGGUAUGCACUUACUCCAGAAAAUGGGCUGGACUCCAGGCCAGGGGUUGGGUAAGGAAGGCACUGGAACUCUCCAGCCUUUACUCCUAGAGGUCAAGUUGGACACUAGAGGUCUACAGGCCAAAGAAGAGGUCAGUAGCUGUAGACGCAGUAGAGGUAUGAAACCACAGCGCACAGGUCGUCUCCGAGGCCCCGCGCCUCUUGUCGCGGGUGGGAAACACCCAGUCUCCCUACUGGGCGAAUAUUGUUCCAAACAGAAACUAGGACCGCCUGAAUAUAACCUGUGCUUCGAGUGCGGUCCCGAUCAUAAGAAGAACUUCCUGUUCAAGGUCUGCGUAAAAGUGGCGGGAACAGAAUACCAGCCAGCAGUCGCAAGCGCAAACAAGAAGCAAGCGAAAGCCGACGCAGCGCAACUAGCACUACAGAAACUAGGCAUAGUGACGUAAUGAUUAGCAUAUAUAUACUUGUAUACGACUGUUUAUACUUGUUAUUCAUUAGUACAUACCUUGUAUUUUAUUGGAAUAAAACUUUUUAGGUUGGA